AUGACACAACCUCUUAGCCCCAACGACCGGCUCGUUCUCUCCCGCGUCUUUGAAUCACAUCCUGUGGGAUCCUUGUCAAAGUCCCUCAUUGAUCCCGAGCUGCCAACGGCGACUAGAACCAAUCUUUCUCCUACCAUCCUCGAAGAACUGCAGUCCCAGGAACAUUCUAUCAUCACUAAAUGUGGCGGCGCAUCUGUUUCCGCGGAGUCACUAAAAGAAGCAAACAAUCAGUUGACUAGUCUCAUCCAUUUCCAUCCAACAUAUUCCAGUGCGUACAACAAUCGUGCUCAGGUAUUACGCUUGUUAUAUGGGGAUGACCUUUACAGAGAUGAGGUGCAAACCACCACACUGUGGAACGACCUCUGCACUGCUAUCACACUAGAGUUACCGGACCAGCCGAAUGGAAAGGUUUGUGAAUUCCAAGCGAGGGUUUUGAGAGCUGGUUAUGCACAAAGGGGAUACUUGACGUGGAAAGCAGCGAAACGCGCAACGCAACGAUUAGAAAAUCUGGACAAUCUACCAGAAGAAUUGAGGAGUCUGACACGGAGAGAGAUGGAAGACAAAGCGAGGGCUGAUUUGGAAUUGGCAGGUAGAUAUGGUGACCAAGAAGCUAUGAAGAUGGCCGUGAGUGCGAAUCCGUAUGCAAGACUAUGUGGAAACAUUGUCCAAGAAGCCAUGAAAGUGGAAAUUGAAAAGAUGAGGGGCAGUACGGAGUGGGUGGUGAAGGAGAAGACUUAUUGA